AUGCGGUCAUCAUCAGACGCACCGCAGAACCCUCCCGCCGAGGCGCAGGACGGGGAGAGGCAGCACAUUGAUAGCAACAUGGCCAAGAAGAUUGUCUGCUCCUUGGUCGUUCAAGCCACUUUCUUCUCUUUCGUCAAAUCUGGUGUCUGA